GUCAUUCAAGCAUUUUAUGCGCGCAGUACCGGUUUCGUUAUUUCUGUGACAAAUUUUGGAAGUGUUUUGAUCAUUCCUUUUCAGUUUGACUCGAAUGUGGUCAAAUUUUGAGAAAACUCUACUAUACAUUCUCAUUUCCAAGCAGUACAUCUAUUUUUGUACUUGAAGCAAACAUUUCAGUAACCAUGAGUUCAGGCAGUACAUGCUAUAAAUGCAACCAGCCUGGUCACUUUGCUAGGGAAUGUAGCCAAGCAGGUUCCCGCGACAGUGGACGUUUCAAUAGAAAUCGUGAAAAGUGCCACAAAUGCAAUAAAAUUGGUCAUUUUGCAAGGGACUGCAAAGACGAAUCUGCUGCUCGUUGUUACAGAUGUUACGGCGAAGGUCAUUUCGCUAAAGACUGUCCCCAAAGUCCUGACAUGCCUUCCUGUUACAACUGCAGGAAACCAGGACAUAUUGCAAGGAGCUGUCCAGAAAACAGCGGCAUGGAUCGUAACGAUACUUGCCACAAUUGCCAAAGGCCAGGACAUAUCUCCCGAAACUGUCCUGAAAGUACUAAAACCUGUUACUUAUGUCACAAGCCUGGUCAUCUUAAGAGAGACUGUGAAGAAAACGAUUAUAGAAAUUAGUAUUUGUACUAUUUCUUUAAUUGUUAAAUUUUAUUAUUUGAGUGUUUGGUUGUGGUGCUCCAGCAUUUGUGUCUUUGUACAAAUCAUAUUUAAUGCCCUCUGAAAUACUGUAGUUGAUUUAUUAGAUGUUGAAAAUUUUUAUAGUCUGAGGCAAAAGAAACUUUGGUAUUGGAAUGUUCGUUUUCAAAGUGCAGUAUCCAUUGUUUAAUUAAAAAUUAAACAGUUUUCCAACUUGAGUGUAUUUCAGAACUUGGAAAUUAUAUUAAAUUAUGAUCAAAUAUACACUAUCAAAGUUUCUAUAAAAAAAUUGAACAUGAUGCUAGCAGUGGAAUUAAACCAACAGAAAAACAUA